AUGAUAACAUGCCCUCUCCCCUUGAAAGAGAGCAAACUUGUGGUUUUGGCUUUAUGGAAGAGUCUUAUUGCAGUUCACGGUGUCCCAUAUAGGUUACACAGUGAUCGUGGAGCUAUAGACCACAAGGGAAUGGAGCCAAUGAGAGGAGUCAUCAAGGGUUAUUACAUGAUUUGGUUAUACUUAUUAGAGAAGGUUUAUGUGCUGAAGAAGAUUGGGAAUUGGCUUUGA